CGAGUUUCGUCCGGAGAAUGCCAACGAGUGGAGAACUGAGACCUGUGUCCCCUCGUAUUAGCGGUGUCUUGUCGGGAGGUUCAACCGCUCGCGGCCCCGUCCAGCUGCAGACGACUCAGUGGUUCCGAUGAUGGCACACUCGACGCAGGUGAACGCGUGCAUCGAUCACGCUUUUCCAUGUCCAGAAGAGCUGCUUUUUUCGCACCAGAGUCAGUUGCUCCCUCUAAUCACACUUUACUCAUCGGUUGUUUCGACUCCGACGUUUAUGAUUACCUUCUCCAGACCUCCCUUUACGUGGCUAGCCGUCGAGUUGCCCAGAGAUACCGAAACUUCGUCCGAUACCGACCAGUGAUUCCGAAGAGAUGAAUUCGUGGCGAGUAGUGGCAGUCUCUUGAUCUAAAGUUCAGAAAUCGGAGGGAAAUGAGCAACUUGACGUUUUCACAUUCCAGUUUCCGCCAGUGCACGUACUUCUGCUCACGGCAAAGACUCAUCAUCUCUUACCUGAAGCUUGCGGACGACGUCGCCGCCGACAAUCUUAAGUGGACAACGACAUUUUUUGCAAGCCCCGUUGAGUGGUUUCCUUCGUCCUCUGGUCCCGUCUUUCGGCUACAGGAUGAAUCUUGGUGCAGCUGGCCUGCUUUUAAGCUGCGCAAUUCUGUUCCCACUCCUGGCCAGCUAGUGCACGAGUGUCUCCUGGCCGCAGCAGGGAGCGAGGUCAAGAUUUUUUUCCCUCCAGAAAUUCUGAGCGCCGGGUUCUUCUCUCACCCACCAGUGGCUUCAUUUGCUUACCGUUUUCAGGACUUCCAUGGGCGGCAAGGGACCGAGCACCCAACAGAACAGGAGUCCCCUCGUUUCUGAGUGAGGUCACUCACGCUUCAGUCAGCAGUUUUUCCCAGCGUGUCUUCUUCCACGGCGACCAAUUCAUUGCGACGAUAUGCGUCUUCCAGGAUGUGACAACAAUGAUGUCACAUCCCGCCCUUCCAUCUCAUGGCCUCGGGGAGAGUGUGUAUGCUCUUGCUGGGGUGGCCCCUGACCAGACGGCCGUGUCGUGUACCGGACCUAGAGGCACAUCUCGCGCGGCUGUUUCUCGCGACUUUGAUUCUACGAUAUCCCGGCAAUUUCCAUCGCCGCCCCUGGAAAAUACGGGCAUGCAAACUCAAAAUCACGCUACGUGGACAAUGAGAUACCCCGUCGAUCUGAAGCGGCAGGAUUGCCCGAGGUUCCCUUCACAACUUCACAAACAGACUUGCAGCACCGUUUACAGCCGCCCAAGUGCCACAUCUUUGUGUCCUCCAGUCCCCCGACAGCUGGGUGCAACCGCUCAUAGAGUAGCUAUUUUGGAUGGAGCUGCUUUGCCGUCUUCGCCGACUCCCGCCCACACCGCUGCGUACCACUUCCAGACUGUGACGGCAAGCAGAUCGGUCCGAUGCUGCUGGCAGUCGACCGGAGCUGAAGAAUCGAAAACAGAGGCGGUGCAACUGAAACUGGAAGAGUCGCCGUCGAUCAACGAUAUACAGCCAGCUCUGGGUCGCCAGCCUCCACAGAGCGGGACGAGCCGCUUUGCCUCAGCAGUGCAAAAACAUAUUGAACGAAUGUCGAGGGGACGAGCAUCGGCGACUCGAAGUUUGAGGGAACAGGGGUUGGCUCAAGGGCAAACACUCUCUGACAAGAUCUCUGCAGCGAGAAAUGCGGGAGCUGGAGCGACGCUGAAACUGGCGACCGGGUGCGGGUUCCGGCCCCGCUUUUUCUCGAGAACUGGAACAAGCAGCACGUUGACGAGGGACGCCACGAGUGGCAACGGUGAGGAAGCGGUUCUCAAUCCGCUUGGAAAAAUCUGGUCAGCAAGGAAGCCUUUGGUUCAGACGCCAAGACAAUCCGCCGUCGAACCGGGAAACAGCUCAGGGUUUUCGCCUACUUCUGGGCGACCGUGGAGACAUCGAGAACGCCAGAAUUUUUUUGCGCCUGAGGACGAUGUCAGCGCUCCUGAGAAACUCGUGUCUCCGCAACGGAACCACUUUCCCAGUUCGCAGAGAGUGGCGGCUUGCCAGCCGUUCAAACUUAGCUCUGUCGAAGCACUUAACGGCUUCAGUGUGUCGCGUGGACGGCGGUGCUCUCCGAGAUUCGUUGAAAGGUCGCCUGUGACAUCCACCAGACAAAGAUGGGAAACGCCAACACAACGCGCGUCAAGAGAAUACCCUCCAGGAUACACAACUCGGUCAACCAGCGUCAACAGACAAUUGAGAGACAGAAGCAAAGCGCGUUCCCAGAGCAGUGCAGAAGAAAAUCUGGAAGCGAAAAAACAGCUCGACGAAACGACGGUUGUCCGGACGAAACAAGGCGUCGCCACUCGAACCGCCUUUGCUUCUGGCGUCUGGCAGAGAUCUUGGGCUGUCGAGUCCUCUGCCAUUCCGCGGCCUCAAUCGGUCUCUCGGGUGUCUCGAUCAUCCAUUAAUGGGAAUCGUCCUAGCGGCACAACUACUGCAGAGAGAGCCUCCGACCUUCGGCAGUCUCGCUCGGUUUCCACCUUCUCAACACGCGAAAAACGGAAUGUAGUUCGUUGUGAGAGCAGGUCAGCAGGUGUCCAGGAAGGUCAGGAUUCCGAGGUGCUGCGAAGGCCGUCUAGCGUGGUGCCGCGACGACACGAUGGAGUUUCCACCAUCGCAUAUCGUUCUGUAGAUGGUGAGAACAGUGGCAAGACCCGCAUUCGGGCUUCACAUGCUACAAAGGAGACCUCACGUCGUUCUUUACGCGGACGCCUUCGGAGAGGAUCUGCUCACACGCGAGAAGCUGCAGCGCAUGAAAACACUUUGAGCGACGCUUCCCCACCGCGCGCUAAUUGUCGUUGUGGACGGAGAUCUGGUAGAGAGAUGUCGAUGUUUUUCUCCUGUCAGUCGCCCCCUUCGGGCAGCUCUACAGGCAUGGACAAGGGAGGGAAAACGAAAGCCGAUCCUACCAAAAAAAAGUUGCCGCCUUUCAGGGCCGGCGGCAACGCCAGCUCAACCACUUGUGCCCGCCAGGGUAACAGGGAGCAUCGACUGGAACAACCAGUCCUGAAGGCGUCCAGAGAGAAGUCCUCAUCGCGGCAGCGUCUGGCAGAACAAGCGCUAGAGAGGACAGCGUCACAGUCUCCGAAACGUGGAACCGAUGUUGAGGCUGUUCUGACUCUGUCGGAAGCUGUGGCAGGCAGUCGACGGAACAAAACGAGUGAGAGGGAUGAAGAAGCUGUAAAGAAGGAUACCAUGGGAUCUUGGUGCAAGUUCGGUACGAAGGAGGAGAAUGAGAAGGAACAGUCGGGCGUGGCUCAAAAGGUGAUCGAAGCUAGGCAGUGCUCGAUGUCUGCAUCGACAGAAGGGGAUCUGUACGAUUCUCCCGAAUUCACGUCAGAGGAUGAAGGCAACAAGUACUCUGAACUGACAAAGGAAGACUCGUUGGAAAGUAGAAGUGGUUUGGGAAGCAGCCUGCCCUCGGUUCAAACCAGCGUCGAGGAGCGGAGUUCAACUGCUCUGCUCCCUCAGGAAAUCAGAGUGGAAGCUUUUCUCACGAACCUUGAGAAUCUAAUUAGCGUGAUAAGGGAAACUGACCCAGUGGUUCGAAGGGCGAAGGUUGACCGCAUGCAUGCGCAACUGAUUGAGCAACGCGGUCGCUCCGAAAAGAACCAAGCUGGUUACUGUAGUGUGGGAGUGCAUUCUAACGGCGAAUACGUCAAAAAUUCCAACUCAAGUUCCUCGUACGACAUCGGAAACGCUGCAUUGGACUCAAUUGAAACUGCUCAGGGGCGGCGUUCCGCCAAUGACUCCAGAUCUCCCUCGGAGGCAAGCUUGUCAUCUCGAAUCAAACUUGCUCAGCUGAAGGCAGACUUGAGACUGCAUGUGGAUUCCCUACUUGCGAAGGUUCAGAUUGACACACCUCUUAGGGACGCUCUAACGACUGGUCUAUCUGAUGAGACGGCAGGUCAGGCAUCACAGGCACUAUCAAAAGGAGAUGCGCAUGCCAUUCCCCACCAGAGAGGAAACGAAAAAGAGGCAGAAGAGUUGGUUGCCGACAACGAUCCCGUCUCGGCAGACCAUCAAGUGGAUAACAUGCAAUCCAGCAACAAAGACCACGUCCUCGAGUUUAGCUUCAUGGAUUCCGAGCAUGGAUAUCACAGCGGACUCGGGUCUUUGGUCCGGGGCCGAUUUCCCCUUGACACGAUUCUAGAAGACGAGGAAGGCUCUCCGUUCAGAUCCCAAGAUGCGAAGGACAUGACAGAGGAUCAUCCUUCUGUAAUUGCAAACCGCAUGUCGUGCUGACGAGAACUUUCACUGUGCUGUAGGCCGGCUCGCUUUUUUACCGAGGUGAUGUUGACUGGCUGGCUCCUCUGGCCACUUGGUCACUCAGGAGUUCGCUUGAAUGGCAAGAAACACAAAGGAUCAAUGGUUUUUACCAGUGUAGGCCUAAGGCUGCUUCAUAGCUGUUAUAGCUGUUUCGUAUGAGGCUGCUUGCGAUCAUUAGGUGCUAGCUAACACAAAUAUGCAGUGCCUGAGAAUUGAGAGAUGGAGAGGUUCGGCACUGUCUCUGCUUGAGUUGGGUGGGCUGUGCAAUUGUGCUCUGGAAAGCUUUGUGCAUCAUUGCAGAUGAAGAGAAACAAGCCACAGCGCAUGCUCGGCAGUCGAAACGAUGAUUCCGGGCUCUGCUUAAGGGAAUGAUAGGGCAUUCCGGAAGGCUUAUGGACUCUCCAGACUCUUUUUUGCACGCCUAUUGCGGCAAGAGUCACAUUUUCAUCCUUUGAUGUUAAUGGGACAGUUUUUGAAACGCGUCUGCGAUUUCAGUGCGAUGUGGCAGAUAACGAUUUGUCUCGCUUGAGAUCUAUCUUAAGGUGAAUAUCUAAGCUCCG